AGCUCUCAGGGAGCUCCCAAAAGCGGACAUAAGAGCUCCCGGAAAGCUUAUAUAGAAAUUUCCCGGGAAUUACUUUGAAGCUCGCAGGGAACUCUUAAAACAUGAUUUAUAAACUCCCUGCGAGUUCAAAUGAAGCUCUCAAGGAGCUCUCAAAAGCGGACAUAGCAGCUGCGGGCGAAUCUUUUGGAAGCUUAAAUGAAGCUUAUGAAAAAUUUUGUGAGCUCCUCGGGAGCUCCCUGGGAGCUCCCCGUGCUGUAUGGGUAUGUACGUGAAACGAACGUAAAUAAACGUGAACGUUAAACGUAUGUGAAAAACGUAAAGUACGUAAUAAACGUUAAAUGUAAAACGUAAAAGAAUGUGAAACAAAUAUAAAUGAACGUGAACUAAUGUGAAACGUACGUGAAAAAACGUGAACAAACGUUAAAAAUACGUUUCACGUUCGUUCACAUACGUUUAACGUUUGUUCACGUUUUACACUUAACGUUUUUUAAUGUUCUUGUACGUUUAUUUACAUUCUCUUAGCAUUUUUUACUUUUGAAUCGAAACAUGUUCGAGAUUAUUUCCCGAAGGAAGGAUAUUAAAUUUCAACAUUUGUGUCUCCCUUUCUUUGAAGAAUUUUUCCCUCUCUUAAAAAAAAUUUUCCCCCUCUACCGUAACUGGUAAGUCAGACUAUUUUUCAUACGAUCAGUAUUGUAUGACCUACUCGAACGAAAUGUUCUCCGCCAAAGAAAGCAGCAGCAGUGGUACGAAACGUUGUUACGAUACUAUGUUGUGUGAGAAGAAAUGUGACGUGUAAGUUUGAUUUUUGUGAACUCUUAUUUUUCAACAUUUAUAUUAUUACUUGUAAAAUAUUAUUACUUUUAUUUUUCAACAUUUAUAUUAUUACUUGUAAAAUAUUACUUUUAUAUUAUUGCUUUUUCUACAGUACUUUGUUGGAGUGUCGCGCGAUUCGCAUACUAAGCAGGCGAUACCCGCUAACAAGUACAUGGUACAAAUAUCUUAAGAUUGGCAUCAAUGUUGGUCCACCUAGUUACGUGGAGAUAUCCAUAGGAGAUCAUCGGGGGAACGAACUGAUAAUGUCUUUCAAAAUGUGGAAGGGACUCUACGAGCAGCGACUGAACGUUCUCAAUCUCCUUCGGACUAAUUACAAAAACGCAAACAACUUCAUAAACGUUGGACCGUUAACGGCUAGAAUUUGUAUGAUCAACGACGCCAACUUUAUACGUUUAGAAUCUAACAACGUACGCAUGAUAAUGACUGAGCCGACCAUACGCUGUAUGUUCGAGUUUGAUGAUUGUAUCGAAUUAACGUUUGAUCGACUAUUUAAAAUCGUCGAUAAUGUCGACAUACAGUUUACGUGGUUCUCCAAUAUCGCGUCCAACAUAACAAAUCCUGAUCAAAUACCUAACGCGAUACGCAGCAGUGACACUUUUGAUAAACAUCGGCUCGUCGAUUGUGAGCUCCUAGCUUUAGCGUUUAAUAUGUAAGAAAAAUUAUUACAUCUCUUUAUAUGUAUAAAUAUAAAAAAAAAAAUAAAUAUUUGUAAAACUUAU